UAUACUGGCUACUAUUCACCUAUUGCUUCUUCUUAAAUUGUAACAUAUGCAAUCAUAUUAAUAUACUUUUCACUUUAUUACCGAUUUAUGUAAUAAAUAGCAAAAUAGUAUAAAAAACAAAUUCGUAUAUUUUACUAAGUAAAAAAGAAACAAAAAUUCUAUUCCUACAUGAUUACUUUUUAUUACGAAAACAUAACCUAUUGAAAAUAUUACUUUUGUACUAGAAUUAGUGUUAUUAUCAAACAAUAAUGGGAAAUGCUGGAAGUAAUCAAACAGUGAGUCAAAGUCAUAAUUCGGAUAGAGAUCAUCGUCAUGGUAAAGAACACGCACCACCCUCUCCUGGGAAGGAAGGUCAAGCAUUUGUUUUUGACAAAAAGCCUCAUAAUCUAGUUUUCCAGUCAUCUCACGAAGAAGAAGAGCCUUAUUAUACAAAAACAAGCCAACAGGAUGGAAAUAAUUUUGGUGGCUCACGUCCAAGAUCAAAUACAGUUUCCGAAGGAACAAAGGUUGCAGAUAGCAAAGUAUUGCCUACAGUUUUUAAAUGGGAAGGCGGUGGAAAGCAAGUAUACAUCAGUGGAACGUUCACUGGAUGGAAAACAUUGCCUAUGGUAAAGAGUCAUGGUGAUUUUGUUACUAUUAUCGAUCUACCAGAAGGAGAACAUCAGUACAAAUUUUAUGUCGAUGGAGAAUGGAGGCAUGAUCCUGGUUUGAAAAUAGUUGACAACGGUAUGGGCUCUAAAAACAACUUAGUAUCUGUAAAACAAUCAGACUUUGAAGUUUUCCAAGCUCUUGCUAAAGAUAGCGAAGGUGUUUCUAAUAGUAUUCAAACCGAAUAUGGUCAAGAAAUUCCGCCUCAUAAACCAUGGGAAAAAGUAGUUGGACCACCAAUUCUACCACCGCAUUUAUUGCAAGUUAUUCUUAAUAAGGAUACACCAUUAUCGUGUGAGCCAACUCUUCUACCAGAACCAAAUCACGUGAUGUUAAAUCAUCUUUACGCUUUAAGUAUUAAGGAUAGCGUUAUGGUUUUAUCCGCCACGCAUCGCUAUCGAAAAAAAUAUGUCACUACUCUACUAUAUAAACCAAUUUAAUAAUUUACGUCUGUCCUAUGUGUAAAUGUGAUUCUUAGAGCUAGUUAUCAUGGAACGAUACAUAACAAAUUGCCUUCAUUAUUCCUACAUCAGAAAUUCAGGAAGUCCAGUCUUCGAAUUAAUACUUUCUGUAAAGUAUACAUAAGAUCGUCCGUGACUGCAAGCUUCUAAAAUAGAAGAGAUG